CUGCCUCAAAAAUGGCUCUGCAAGGUUCCUUCAGCUGCUGGAAUGGAACAACGAUCAAGCUGGGGCAGGUGUGUGACUUUGCCAGAGACUGUGCAGAUGGAGAGGAUGAAGGACAGCUGUGCAAAAAACUACCCCCUGGCUUCUACUGCUCUUUUGAAGAUGGAGAGUGUGGCUGGACCCAGAGUUCAUUGACCCCCCAAGAAGUUCAUCUGUGGCACAUUGGAAAUCCACAGUAUAACCACUUGUGUGCAUUGAAAGAAUGUGCACUUCUGCUUAACACCAGUGAGUCAUCAAUUGCAGAAACUGUUGUGGUGACCAGUGCUGUGUUUCCGGCUCCGAUGAAAAACUCGCCUUGUGAGCUUCGAAUGUCAUGGCUCCUCCACGGCAUCUUGCUUGGAGAUGUUUCCUUGGUCCUUGUCGAGAACAAAACAGGGAAGGAACAGAGCAGGAAGCUCUGGCAUUUUGAUAACAGAAAAGGAUUGGGGGUGUGGCAGAAGAUGGUCAGGCCUCUCCGGGAUGUAGCAGACAGAUUCUGGCUGCAGAUUAUUGCAUCCUGGAAAGCUGGAUCAGAAGCCCUCAUUGCUUUCGAUAAUGUGUCACUCAGCCUGGACUGCUACCUGACAAUCAAUGAAGAGAAGACAUCUCGAGACAGCAGUCCGGACGCAGGCAAUCUGUUCACCGAAAGAGGCAGGUGGGAAGAAACAUUUGCAGAAAUGCCAACACAAGAUGCUGCACCAGUCAGCCUUGGAGAUAAUUGGUUAUUCACCACUUGUGGUGCCAGUGGACCUCAAGGGCCCACCCAGACCCAAUGCAAUGAUGCCUAUAGGAAUGCCAACCUCAGUGUAAUGGUCGGCAUAGACAGUCUUCCAGGUGUACAGGUUUGGAGAGUGCCUGCAACCAAUACCUACAGCAUCUCAGGCUAUGGGGCAGCUGGUGGCAAAGGAAAGAACACUAUAAUGAGGUCACACGGUGUGAAUGUGGUGGGGAUAUUUAAGCUCCAGAAGAAUGAAACCUUGUAUAUUUUGGUGGGACAACAAGGAGAAGAUGCCUGUCCUAGUAUCAACCAUGUGAUACACAAAGUCUGCAUUGGAGAGAAUACUGUGGUUGAAGAAGAAAUUAGAGUAAACAAGAGCAUCCAUGAAUGGGCAGGAGGAGGAGGUGGAGGUGGAGGAGCAAGUUACAUAUUUAAGAUGGAGAACGGAAAGCCAGUGCCCUUGAUCAUUGCAGCAGGAGGUGGUGGCAGGGCCUACAGGGCCAAAGCCUACCCAGUGGACCAUGAAAGGCUGGAGAACGAUACAUCUAUUCCAGGGCUUAAUGGGAAACCAGGAGCCGCAGGUGGUGGAGGUGGCUGGAGUGAUAACACUUCCUUCCUCUGGUCCGGAAAAUCCUUGCUGGAAGGCGCUACCGGAGGAAAAUCCUGCCCCCAGGCCAUGAAGAAGUGGGGGUGGGAGACAAGAGGGGGUUUCGGAGGGGGUGGAGGGGGGUGCUCCUCAGGUGGAGGAGGCGGAGGAUAUAUAGGUGGUAAUGCAGCAGAACACAAUGAUCCAGAGAUGGAUGGAGAAGAUGGUGUGUCUUUUAUUAAUAAUCAAUAUGGUUCAUUGUUUACUCCAGCACUAAAAGUGACAGAGGGACAUGGUGAAGUCAACAUUAAGCUUUAUGUGAACUGCAGCCACUGUGAGCAUGACAUAUGCCACCGGGAUACGAAGACGCAGGAAAUUGUUUGCACUUGUGCCUAUGGACAUGUGCUGGCUGAUGAUGGCGUCUCUUGCGUAGCUGAACUGAUUCUCCCCACCAAGAAUCCCCCGCUCUCCUUGGUCUUGUCUGUAGUGACAUCAGCCCUGGUUGCCGCUCUCAUUCUUGCCUUCUCGGGAAUCAUGAUAGUGUACCGCCGGAAACAUCAGGAACUGCAAGCCAUGCAGAUGGAGUUACAGAGCCCUGAGUAUAAACUGAGCAAGCUGCGCACCUCCACCAUCAUGACCGACUACAAUCCCAAUUACUGCUUUGCAGGAAAGACCACUUCCAUUAGUGAUCUCAAAGAGGUUCCCCGGAAAAAUAUUGCUCUGAUAAGGGGUUUAGGCCAUGGAGCCUUCGGGGAGGUGUACGAAGGUCAGGUGGUUGGGAUCCCCAGCGACCCCAGUCCUUUGCAAGUGGCUGUAAAAACUUUGCCAGAGGUUUGUUCAGAGCAAGAUGAGUUAGAUUUCCUCAUGGAAGCUCUUAUAAUCAGCAAGUUCAACCAUCAGAACAUCGUGCGCUGCAUCGGGGUGAGUUUGCAGGCUCUCCCACGCUUUAUUCUGCUGGAGCUAAUGGCUGGAGGAGACUUGAAGUCGUUCCUGAGGGAGACACGGCCUAGGCCGAGCCAUCCUUCCUCACUUAUAAUGCUGGACUUGCUACACGUGGCUCGCGACAUUGCUUGUGGCUGUCAGUAUUUGGAAGAAAACCACUUCAUUCACAGAGACAUUGCAGCUCGAAAUUGCCUCCUCACUUGUAAAGGUCCUGGGAGAAUAGCUAAAAUUGGAGAUUUUGGGAUGGCCCGGGACAUAUACAGGGCCAGCUACUAUAGAAAAGGAGGGUGUGCGAUGCUGCCAGUCAAGUGGAUGCCCCCGGAGGCCUUCAUGGAAGGGAUAUUCACGUCUAAAACAGAUACCUGGUCAUUCGGAGUAUUGCUGUGGGAAAUAUUCUCUCUUGGAUACAUGCCUUAUCCCAGCAAAAGUAACCAGGAGGUCUUGGAUUUUGUAACCAAUGGAGGACGGAUGGAUCCACCCAAGAACUGCCCUGGCCCCGUGUAUCGGAUCAUGACCCAAUGCUGGCAGCACCAGCCUGAAGACAGGCCAAAUUUUGCCAUCAUACUGGAACGGAUUGAAUACUGCACGCAGGACCCCGAUGUCAUCAACACUGUUCUGCCUGUGGAAUAUGGCCCAUGCAUUGAAGAAGAGGAAAAGGUCCCAGUGCGUCCCGAAGACCCCGAAGCAGUUCCUCCUCUGUUGGUCUUGCCCCAGCAAGAGAAAAAGGGUUCCGAGCAGGUCCUGCCUUCCCCACCCUCUCUGGCCUCAGCCAUACCGCCAGGAAAACCUCUCAUGAAUGUGGCUGGUGUCAAGCCACCGGUGUGUGCUAACAUGCAGGCUCCCCUGGAAGGGGGACAUGUCAAUAUGGCAUACAGUCAGUCCAAUCCUGCAACUGAGCUCCACAAAGGCUGGGGCUCCAGAAACAAGCCCACCAACCUCUGGAACCCAACGUACGGCUCCUGGUUUUCAGAAAAGCCCAUUGUCAAAAACACUUCACAGGCAGAGAAAGAGGCAACUGAGAGGGAAGGCUCGGGGCAUGAUGGGAACUGUACUUUGGGACCCAGCAUUGUGACUGGAAGGCUGCCAAGCUCCUCCCUUCUUCUAGAACCAUCUUCACUGACAGCCAGCGUUAAGGAAGUGCCUCUGUUCAGGCUCCGCCAUUUCCCCUGCGGUAACGUUAACUAUGGAUACCAACAGCAGGGCUUGCCCUUGGAAACCUCGGCCCCACCCUUGUGCCAGCAGCUUCGAGGGCCCUCACCUUAG